CCUCUACCUGGUAGACGUCAUAAGCCAGGUUAUUUUGAAAUACCCUGUACAGGCACACGGAACAAGGAACAGUUAACCGGACUCUCUUGGUGUGAUCGGUGGGAUUUGUGAAAAUAUGAACGGAUUCCACACUUUAACUUAUGGGAAAAUGAACGCCCUCAACACUCUUGUUUCCAUUCUCUUUAUCUUGGUGUCGUUUCUAGGUUCAGUGGCAGAGGGAGUCCGAAUCCGUACCUACUAUACCAGAUACUACUCCUACCGAUAUUACUACUACUAUGACUAUACCACCUAUACUCUUUCUGCAGGGGUGAUAGCAGGCAUUGUGAUUGGCUGUCUUGUGGCCGUGGCAUUCCUGGUAGGAGCUAUCAUUCUGUGUUGUGUGUGCUGCUGCGGACAGAGAAGAAACCAAGCCCAGGCCGGACGGGUCAUUGUAGCUCAGAACAACUCCUCAGUGCCCGUCGUCAGUACCACUCAUACUAGUGCUACAGUUGCCUACUACCCUACCGCACCAGGAACAGGAAGUGCCUCACACCAACAUGCGUACUCCGCUCCUCCACCCUCAUAUUCCCAGGUGGCGUCGGAGGGCAACGUGAACUUAGGUUUCCAGGAAAACAAAUAAAAGAUGAUGCAUCAACCCCCAUGCUGAACACAUGUUGGUGAACUGUGAUGGACAAUACACGGUGUAUAUAUUUGAAUGAAAUUGUAUCAAACUUUGCCUGGAUACAGGGAUACCACAACAGUUAUUCUUUAACGACUAUAACAGGAUUUUGAUGCUAUUAGAAGAAAAUGAAGUUCCUCUCUUCAAAUCAAUCAAAUCAGUGCAUAAGAUCUUUAGUUGCAUUCAUCUUUAAUAUACAAUAUCAAGAUAAUUGAUUCCAAUUAUUUAUUUGAAAAUCUCUCCAUUAUAUUAAAUACAUAUAUGAAUAUAGUUGUUGAAGCUGAUAAGUGUCCUUUUUAUAGAAAAGAUAUCCUUUAUUUUGAUCUCCACCAUAUCAAACUUACCCACCUAAAACGACAACAUCUAGGCCCUUCAUCAAGAGAACAUUCGGAUACAAUGUGUCAUAUACUGGCAGAUACAAGUCAGUUGAGUAUAAAGAUUCUAAAAAUGAUCAUAAGGAAAUCAAAGAAUCUAGAAUGUAUACCAUAGUCAUAAUGGGAUAGAGUUGGAUACUUUUACUUCAAAUUCUUAACACUAAAUAUUUUAUGUCAUAUCAGAUUUUACUACUGGUGAUAUUUAAAGGCACACAUUAAUUCCAUGUUUCAUAUUCUACUUGAGAACAAACUGCAAUAAAUGAAUACAUGUGUAUCAAAACAAAA